GUCGAGGGCAUCAUGCGCCUGCUAAAACCUUCCCUGGUACCCCCCAUAGAUUAUGAAGUUCAUUAUUUCCCGGAGAUGGACCGGGAAUGCGCCGUCCUGGGGCUGGUUUCUCUCGUACUGGCACUCAUCAACAUCAUCUGCAUAUUUUUGGCUGCUUUGGUUGUAUUGAAGAUAAAAGAAGUGGCCCCAAUAACAAACAUGGCAAAAACUUCUAGGUUUUGGAAGGAAGACAUCAAAAUUGCUCGAGAUUAUAACACAUCCAUGCCGGCAGCCGAAGCCGAAGAGCUUGGACAACAGUUUCUAGCAGAAUGGGCGACUUUAAACGGCUUGGAACCAGAUGCUUUAUUAGGUGGCGAUGAUGCCGAAGCUGCGUUAACUCGUUUGGAAACUCUUAAAGAUAUCAUGCAGGAUGUAGAAAAUGAUCCAGUCUUUCAAACUGUUGCUAGGUCUGUAAGCUGCGUUGCUGAUCCAAGACCCUUGAGUCAACGACUGAGCGUCAUGACACUAACACCUUCCAGUUUAGCCACCUCAUCUCCUGCAGUGCGUCGGAAGAGUGAAAUCCGAAGUUGGUUGAGGUCUUCUUUGAGCCCUCACGAGAAUGGUGCUCAAAACGUUCAUCCAGAUCCAUCCUUUAAAGACGUAGAAUUGCGUCGUCCAUAUACGCACAGUCUGUCCCCUAGUCUGCAGAGGGCUACAUCCGGCAUUCGAGGCAGCGUGGCAGUCCUCAGACAAUCCCUGAUGACAUCCGACAACCCGUACACACUGUGGCCUUCCGCAAAACAAGAAUCGGCCAACAAGGUUCGAUUCCUGGUGACUCCAGUGGCCGAAGAAGCUCUCAUGAGCGUGCCUACCUCUCCCAUGCGGCAUCGAAGAGUCAGUCGGUUCUUACAGGACCCAUGCGUCAUAGUGAAAGAAACCACUUGCUGACAUUGCGAGUUCUUUUUUGUUUUCAACCAAAAAGUUAAUUUAUAGACAAUGAAAGCACACUUGGAAUCCUUCAAGAAUGCUGGUCUUGUACAUAGGAACCUCAUUGUACAAUUACUGUUCGAAAUCUGAGCUUUUGCUAAAGAAAACUUAGCAGUUGGAGCCCCAGCUAUUACGCUUUCAAUUGGCAAUGGGUACCAAUAAUCAAAUUCUGCGAAGGAAAUAUACUUAUGAAUAAAAAGUGAGUGUUGUUGACAGCUGAUUCGUCAAAGAAAAUAAUCAAUAAACAAAGGACUCAGGAUCAUUUUAAUUAUAUGUUGUAGAAAAUUGUUAUGCUAAUUAAAUAUAAUAACAAUGAAUAAAUCUUGUUAA